GAGCACCCUUACCAAAGCAGCCCAGAAUGUCUAUUACAAUACCAACCUUGAAUUUAGAACCACCUCCUAACUCAGAUUCAGCUGACUCUAACACCACACAGCUAACUCCUCCCGAGUCGCAUGCGCCGCAAGCACAUCCAGCCCACUAUCGAUAUCCUUUGGAGGGACCAGAUGAGGCACGCCAUGACGAUAGCUCACUUAAGCCUUCUGGCACUUCAUCAGAUGGCGACUCCUCAGAAAAUCCUUUAUUGAACAGCAGCUUCAUAGCAGAUCCUUCAUCAGCUAUUGGAAGAACGAAGGAACAACGCUUGAAAGACAAGGUGAUAGGUCAACUUAUGGGGUUGAUUGGACUAGACACCGUGAAAGACAACUUCAAGGCUAUAGAGGACGAAAUUGCUUUGAACAGGCGUCUAGGAGUCAACAUGAAGCAGGGACAGUUCCAUGCUAUCUUCCAGGGAAAUCCAGGAACAGGCAAAACCACAGUAGCUAGGCUUUACGCCAAAUUCCUAUAUUCAAUGGGAAUAGUGACAUCCAGGAGGUUCAUUGAGACUUCUGGUACGAAGUUAGCCUCAAUGGGACCGUCAAAUAUCAUGCAAAUUUUCGGCUUGAGGACCAGUAAUAGCUCUUCCGAACCGUCCGACUCAAGCGAUAAUGGUUCCGUGGCACCAUCGAGACGCAGGAAUAGAAGGAAGUCUGGAGGCGUCUUGUUUGUCGAUGAAGCAUUUCAACUCGUUGCCCCCCAUGCAGGUAGUUCUGGGAAGCAGAUACUCGAUGUUAUCCUAACGGAGAUGGAGAAUAGCUCUGGAAGUUGGGUUGUUAUCUUCGCUGGAUAUAAGAGCGAGCUUGAGCUAUUCCUUGCACACAACGCAGGGCUACAGAGUCGAAUUCAGUACUACAUGGAUUUUGAUGACUUCAACGACACCCAGCUCCGGGAAAUCCUCGUGCGCCUAAUAAAAGAGAGUUAUGAUAGCAAGAUGAAAAUCGAAUGUGGCACAGAUGGUAUCUACAUGAAAGCAGCUAUUUACCGACUCUCUCGUGGUCGGGGCAAGCAAGGGUUCGGUAACGCACGUGCCGUUGAGACUCUUCUUUCUACGAUCAAGAAACGCUACGUGCAAAGGCUUCGCGGAGCUGGAUCCAUAUCAACGGACCAGUUGUUCUUUUUAACAAAAGAAGAUAUAAUUGGGCCGCCGCCUUCAAGCGUGAAAGACAGAAGCGAUGCCUGGGUCAGACUCCAGGCGCUCGUCGGCCUAGAAGAGGUUAAAAGCUCAGUUGAGAACAUGUUUGCGAUGGUUCAAGAAAACUAUUAUCGGGAACUAGACGGCAAGAAACCGUUUGACGUCCCCCUUAAUCGAAUCUUUGUUGGUUCACCAGGAACUGGGAAGACAACUGUGGCUAAGCUGUACGGUAAAAUUCUAGUCGACUUGGGAUUUCUAAGCAACGGAGAUGUUGUGAUCAAGAAGCCAGUCGACUUUAUUGGCAGGGCAGUUGGAGAAUCCGAAGCGAACAGUAAGGCCAUCUUGGCAUCGACACUUGGCAAAGUUCUCAUCAUCGACGAAGCCUGCAUGCUUGACCCCGGGGACCCAGCAGGCACACAGGAGUCGUUCAAGACGGCGAUUCUCGAUACACUGGUUGCGGAGAUACAAGGCGUUCCGGGCGAUGAUCGUUGCGUAAUUCUCCUUGGCUAUGAAGACAAAAUCAACAGGAUGUUCCAGAAUGCCAACGAAGGAUUGACUGGAAGAUUCAUGGCCGACAGGCCGUUUCGUUUCACUGAUUACAGAAUUGAAGAACUCGAUAUGAUGCUGCAGCGAUACAUAAAAGAACAUGAUCUUACAUUUGCAGAUAAUGCAAAAGAGGCAGCUAUGGGUGUCCUAUCAAGAUCAAAAAAAAAAUCGAUAUUUCAGCAACGGAAGGGAAGAGGCAUAAAAUCAGCCUCCAGCGGUGUUCUUCACCCAGAAGACUUCGAUCCCACUUUCAACCGUAGAAACAUUUCAAGUUUCAAUAUCAGGGUGGACUUAGAGGGCAAGGUCUCGAAUGAGAUUAUCCAAGAACUAGAGGUAUAUGGAAGAAUACUACGGAGCGGGAUUAAGGAUCCAUUUGAUCAUAUUCCUACCAGCUUCAUUCUCAAAGGCCCCACAGGCACUGGGAAAUCUACUUUAGCAAGAUACCUGGGUAAAAUGUUCUAUGACAUGGGAUUCCUCCUGCACGACACGGUCAUCGAAUGCUGGGCAGCAGACCUGGUCGGCCAACACGUUGGUCACACGGCCCCAAAGACUCGCGCCCAAUUUUUAAAAGGCCUUGGGAAGGUGCUCAUCGUGCACGAUUUUCACCGACUAAAGGAUUGCGGAUACAACAAUGAAGCAAUCGACGAACUUGUUUCUCUCAUUCCCCAGUACCACGGUGGUAUGGUAAUAGUUCUAAUAGGGCAAGGCGACAAAAUAAACCAGCUCAUGCGCGAUCGGCCGGAUCUUGAGAGAUUGUUCCCGAAGAAGCUUACAUUCAAGAAUCUCGGGCUUUUAGACUCCUUGGCCAUUCUUGAGACGGAAUUACAGGCGAAUGGAAUGAAGUCAACAUGGUCCUCGUCCAAAGAUGUUAGAAAGGGGCUUUCCAUAUUGAUCAGCUUACCGGGGUGGAGCAACGUUAAAGAUAUUAAAGCCCUGGUUUCUCGCAUGAUUCAGAAUGCAUAUAGAGUGGAGGAACCCGACAUAUUCAAGGAUGAAGCGGGAAAUAUGUGCAUUCCAGAACAUGUUGCUCUAUCAUGCAUUAGGGAGGUGUUCAUUGAGAGAUGUAUACCUCAUAAGCACAACAAGGAGUCGAGUCCAAAUUCUUCUUCCAAGGCCGAGGUCAAACAUGAGGUCCGCCGCGAGCAUGCUCAUAAGCAACAACAUAGCGAAAAGGAAGACAAGUCCAGAAGCGUGCAAGAAGUGCUUCAGAAUUCUCGCUGCGAAGCUGGAUAUGCUUGGAGAAGAGAAGGAUGCGGAUACCGAUGCGAAGCAGGAUCUCAUUAUAUCUCAGAUGCCGAAAUAGAAGCAAAAAGGUAA